ACACUUGAGCAUAUCAAUACAGACACGGAAAAACAAUUAUCCCUCAAUAUUAUAUUCCUUUCAUUUCAUGUUAUAUUCCUUUUAUGGUAUCAGACGCUUUCUCUGUUCCAGCGUGACCACAACACUGCUUCCCUUGCGCCGCCUGCUCUGCAAUCACACCAGGCCAUCGCCGACAUCGCAGUCAGGCUUAUCUAGCGCCGCCUCUACUGUGCUGCCCACUGCCACGGCUGUAUUGCUCUGUUCCGGUUCAGUCCCGGCCAAACAAUUCUGUUCCGUUUGAACUCUCUCCAUUCCGGCCGAUCUCCGUUCUAUUUCAUUCGCCGUCAACAGCCUGCCCUGUUCGUGAUUCCGGCCAUUACAGUUCUGUUCGUGAUUCCGGCAAUUUUACGUUCCUUUCAGACACAUAAUUUUGUUCUGUUCUUUUCAUUUGCCGUGUUGCAGAAUUUCUGUUUUACAGUCUCUAUUCUGUUUCCUUGCUGCUUCACAAUGUCUACCGUCGCUGCAUCAACAUCCUCUGUCGCCGUCUCUUUAACAGCAUCCGCAGUUUCCUCCGUUACUGCUCCGGCGAAAUCUGAUUUUCAUCCGGCCCUUGCCGUCACCAACAUCAAAAAUUGCAUUCCCUUUGUGCUAGAAAUGGAAAAGGAUCACUACAGUAUGUGGGCUGAACUGUUUGAAAUUCAUGCUCGUGCCCACAAGGUUAUCGAUCACAUCAUUCCUCAACCAGGCAAGGAAAAACCAGCGCCCACCGAUGCCAAUUUUGAAAUGUGGACAACUCUUGAUUCCACGGUUCUUCAAUGGAUUUAUUCAACAAUCUCCUUUGAUCUACUUACCACUAUUUUGGAAAAAGGAUCCACCGCUAUGGCUGCUUGGAACCGUUUGGCUGGAAUCUUCGAAGACAAUCAAAAUUCUCGUGCCGUUGCCCUCGAACAGGAUUUUUCAUCUACUCGCAUGGAGGACUUUCCUAAUGUCUCUGCCUAUUGUCAGCGCCUUAAGCAACUCUCUGAUCAAUUGAAGAACGUUGGAGCACCAGUCAGCGAAAAUCGUUUGGUCCUUCAAAUAGUGUCCGGACUGUCUGAGCCAUACCGUGGCGUUGCCACCUUGAUUCGCCAGAGCAGAAUCCUACCUUCAUUUUACGAAGCACGCUCUAUGCUCAUCUUGGAGGAAUCCGGCUUGGCAAAAAUGCACAGUACUAGCCCUUCCACUGCAUUGCAUACCGCCGUUUCACGAGACUCAAAUGACUCCUCCCAGCAACGCUCCAACCGUCGUCAGAACAACCGCUCUAGUUCAGGCCGCAACCGCAACAACCAGACUCGCACCGGAGGGCGUGGACAACGCGGUGGUUCUCGCUUUGAUAGUCCUUCAUGGACCUCUCAGCCAUGGCAACAGUCCCAGUAUCCACCCUGGUCACCUUGGGGUUGGACUCCACCUCCUUGGAGUGUGCCUCCAUGCCCCUAUCCCACAUCACAAUGGACUCGUCCCACCGCUCCUUCGAGACAACCAGGCAUCCUAGGUCAGCGCCCUCAGGCCCACACCGCCACGGCUCCCCCAGCCGCCACUGAUAUUGCAGGUGCUAUGCACACCAUGUCUCUCACUCCUCCAGAUAGCAUGUGGUACAUGGACACUGGAGCAUCGUCCCAUACAGCAGCAUCUCAAGACGGGGACUCCUCUCAUGAGAUGUGAUAGCCUUGGCGAUCUCUAUCCAGUUACUUCUCCUUCUCACUUUGCUGGUCUUGCUUCCAGUCUAUGGCACAGCCGUCUCGGACAUCCCAGUUCUUCUACUUUGCAGUCUCUUCAUAAAAAUAAGUUCAUUAGUGGUGAACAUUUACAUUCCAAGACUAUUUGUAAUUCCUGUGUGUUUGGAAAACAUAUUAAGUUACCUUUUGAUUCAUCAAAAAAUGUUACUUUAAUGCCGUUUGAUAUUUUACAUAGUGAUUUAUGGACAUCACCGAUUUUAAGUU